AUGGCAGUGGCGACGAUGGUGAUGCUGAACGAGAACCACCCGCGGCUGAAGCUCCACGACCUCUCCAACCUCAACAAGUGCGUCGACUACUACUGGCCCGAGAUCUCCACCAGCGUCCCCAUGAUUCUUUUGAGGACAAGCGAGAGAGACAAAAACGUAAGUGGGUCGACAGAUCUUUCGUCAUUGGUCAUCGGGUCGCCGCCCCGCAGUACUCGCUUAGCUUGGCUUCUUGAUCAGCGAUGGCUUCAGCCGUCGUUGCUGCUGCUGGCUUGUCUCGCCGUGAUCUCCGUUCUGCUGCCCACGCUUGCUCUCGGCAACGUCUUGUCCCCUCUCCUUUCGCCCGUCGCGGAUGAUGUGUGCAAGGAAGUGAAAUGUGGGAAAGGAACGUGCAAGCCCAGUGGGAACAGCACUUUCUUUCAUGAAUGUGAAUGUGAACCUGGAUGGAAGCAAACUCUUUCAAGCACUGAUCUUCAUCUGAAUUUCCUCCCUUGUGUAAUUCCUAACUGCACCCUCAAUUUCUCAUGCAUGAAAUCCCCUGCUUCAGCUGAGGAGAAAGCAAGACAAGCUAACGAAUCAAUUUUCAACCCCUGUCAUUGGGCUGAUUGCGGAGGUGGCUCCUGUAACAAGACUUCAAUUGUCUCAUACAGUUGCCUAUGUGAUGAGGGCUACUACAAUCUCUUCAAUCUCACUGCUUUCCCAUGCUACAAACAGUGUGCAAUUGGUUUGGAUUGCUCGAAUCUUGGGAUUUCAUCUUCAAAUAAUACUGCUUCAGCACCCCCUUCAGCACCCAGUGAUGGGUCUAGAGGCUCACUUAUGCAAGGGAGUUAUCGCUGGUUAGUUGCCCUGAUGUUCUUUUUGGGCAUUCUUCAGUGCCCAUAAAGCAAAAGGCAAAGUAGAAAGCCGAUAUCUCUUGUACCAUGUUAGAACUGGAGAUUGCGGAUGACGUUUUUGUGAUAGCCUUAUUCGGAGGUCCGUUUGAUGCGGGAUGUUUAUUGUACUCCAAUGAGCUGUUGUACAGAUUAGUUUGAUUGAACCCGACAGACAAGUGAAUGGGCAUAAAAUUUUCCAUGAGAGUGAGAUAUUAGUUGAUUUGUCCAA